UCUGGUGGACGCUGCAGUGUGGAUGAUGGCUGUUUCAUCAUGGUGCCCAAGUUCUGCCUUCCUGUACCUACUGCUUUGGAUCUCUGUGGAGGCUGAUUUGCUACAGGGUCUGCGGAUCAUGUCUUGUAUUUUCUUUCCUUUGACCAACUUCAGUUGCACCUGGGAUGCAGGAGAAGCGCUGCACGUGGACAGCAACUUCACACUUAAUGUUACACAGGUUUUAGGGAGCUGUGGUGAGAAGUAUAUGGAAGCCCUCACCUGUCGGACCUCAUCUCCUCAUAUGUCCUGCUCGGUGCUAGUGUACAGUCUGCAUUCCUAUUACAGGAUAUCAGUGAGUGCCGAGAGCAAGACGGGCCACACCGAGUCUCCAUUCAUCUGUCUACUGGGAAUCGAAGCAGUGAAGUUAUCUCCCCCCAGAAUAAAGAACAUAUCUUCUGUCUCUGGACAAAGCGGCUGCCUGCUUGUGGACUGGGAUCCACUGACCUACUCUCAAAUAUCUAAUUUGUCUCAUGCCACCUAUGAGAUGGAAUAUCAGGCUGUAGACCAGGAGGACAGCCGGGUGCAGAAAAAGGUGGUCCCCUUUGCCUUAGGGUAUGCAACUCUGAAGCCUGUAAAGCAGUGCAACUUCUCCGCUAACACAAAGUAUGCCAUCCGGCUGCGAAGCCGCUACAGGAGCAACAUGAGCCACUGGAGUGACUGGAGUGAAGAGAGGAUGGCAGAGACCCCUGAGUCAGCGCCUUCUUUAGCCCCUCAGCUGUGGAGACAUAUAACCCAUCAUGAUCCAUCUGGAAACAGGAGAGUCCUUCUUCUGUGGAAGCCUCUGCAGAGACAGCACGAGAAUGGCAGGAUCUUGGGAUUUCGCCUUUCCUACUUACGUGAAGGAGGGACAGAGAGAGCCUUCUUUCCAGGUUGCAGCUCCAGCGACUCUCUGUCUGCCUCAUGUACCAUUGAUUUGCCUGCUGAGGCCUGCACAAUAUUUCUUAAAGCAUACAACCAUAAGGGAGAGUCUCCAGAGGCCACUAUCACUAUUCCUGCCUUCAACCAAACAGAUCUCCCUGCACCCCUGGCUGUUACGGUGUCCUCUGCAAGUGAUCACAGCCUUCUCAUCCGGUGGACACCUUCCAAAGACCCCUCUGUGACUGGCUAUGUACUUGAAUGGUGUGUUGUGUCACAGAACAUUACUUGCCGCGCCAGCUGGCAGCGACUAAGUUGGCAGACAACAGAAACAGUCAUUACAGAAAAUAUCGAACCGGAGCGUAUGUACAAUGUCUCUGUGUAUAUCCUCUACAAUGCUGUGGCUGGACAACCCUUUUCUCAGCAAGGAUACUCCAGACAAGGAGCACCAUCUUGUGGUCCAACAUUAACGCCACUAGCUGCUAAGACAUCGGGUGUUUACUUGACAUGGAAGCCUCUCCCAGUGGACGAGCGUCGAGGUUUUAUCCGCUACUACAAAAUUGUCUACAGCAGCAAGGACAGCACUCCCUCAUGCAAGUACUUCUAAUAACCU